UCCAGGUUGGCGAGCUCAGAAGCAGCUAGACUUCCCCCUGCACGCGGGCCCAGUGGGCGCCCCGCCCCCCAACGGAACGGCGCACCCCCGGCUCAGCGCGGUGGUAGGGCCCGGCGGCAACGUCACCCAUUGUUUACAAAUCAACCCGAGCCGGUAGGAUUCCGGCUCCCGCGGCUGCAGGCGCUCCCCGCGAGUGUCUGGUGGGCUCCCGCUUCCGCGUCCGCCCCGGCCCCGGCCCCGGCCCGGUCCCCGCUUCGGCCUCACCCCCGCGCCCCGCUCCGCCGCGACCCACCGAGUCCUGCCCGCCGCCGAACUCCGGGUGCCCGGGCAGGGGGCCAUGCCGUGCGGGAGGGAGGAAGAAGAGGAAGCCGGCGAGGAAGCGGAGGGGGAGGCGGCGGAGGAGGAGGAGGACAGCUUCCUCCUGCUGGAGCAGUCGGUGACGCUGGGCGGCUCGGGCGAGGUGGACCUGCUGGUGGCCCAGAUCGGCGAGACGCUGCAGCUGGACGCGGCGCAGGACAGCCCGGCCUCCCCGUGCGCGCCCCCGGGGCCGCCGCUGCAGCCCCCGCGGCCUCCGGCGUCGGUGCGGGCGGACAAGGCCCGGCCGCCGGCGCUGCCUCUGCUUCUGCCGCCGGCGCCGGCCGAGUCGGUGGGCCCGGCGCCCCCGGGAGCCCUGCGCUGCGCCCUCGGGGACCGCGGCCGCGUGCGGGGCCGGGCUGCGCCCUACUUCGUGGCCGAGCUCGCCGCAGGCCCCAGCGCGCUGUCCGCACUGGCCCCUCAGCCCGGCCUUGACGGGCCUUCGGGAGCGGACAAGCCGGGCGCCCCGCAGCCGCUGUCGGGCCCGUGCCGCCGAGGUUGGCUGCGGGGCGCCGCCGCCUCUCGCCGCCUGCAGCAACGACGCGGGCCCCAGCCCGAAUCCCGCACCAGCGACGACGACCCGCACCGGCUCCUGCAGCAGCUGGUGCUCUCGGGGAACCUCAUCAAGGAGGCGGUGCGGAGGCUUCAUUCGAGACGGAUGCAGUUACACGCAAAGCUUCCCCAGCGCCCGCUCACCGGGCCUCUCUCGGCCCCAGUGCAUGAGCCCCCUUCGCCCCGCAGCCCUCGCGCGGCUUGCAGCGACCCCGGAGCGAGCGGGAGGAGGGCGCAGCUCAGAACUGGCGACGGCGUUCUUGUCCCUGGCAGCUAACACCCGGGGAGUGGCCACAGCGCCAGCCUCUGCCUGGAGGGCAAGGCAUUCCCCAGAGGGCUGCAUCCCUACUCCGACGGGUGAACUCGCGUUUUUGGAAGCGGGAAAAUAAGCUAAUGCAGACGGGGAAAGGAAAAACCGCGAAUAUUUUCGUGGGGGAACUAAUGGAGGACCCCGAUGCGUUUGAAAAACCGAAGGACUUGGCCCUCUUUGAGGCGGAUUACAGAACGCACCCCAAGCUCACAUUCAGUAGUGCUCCUUAUUUGGCGUGACGAGUCCCAGCGGCGUAGCGUAGCAACCUCUAGGGCCCUCCAUCCCGGCGACCAUGUGGCCACACUCCACGCGCCUCAGGAUCGCCGAGCGCCCAAAGGACGAGGACGAUCCCAGUUACUUGCUUUACCUUUUCAGGGCUGGUUCCUGAUCCACUGGGGGGAGGGAGGGGAACAGGAGUAGACCAUGAUUUCAGGGAGAACCUCAAACUGCCAGACUUGAAAAUUUACGACUCUUUAAAAAACCCAUCUCGCGUCUUGUGGGUGCUGGUUCUUAAUACAAAACACGCGGUACCAAGAAAGGACCAUUUGGGGAGUUGGAUAGGAGUAACGCGUGUUCUGCCUCCACUUUGCAGCUGGCUGCUGUUCUCAGAGCGGCGGGGGAAGGGCUCGCGCUCGGUGGGGAUGGGAGGCGGGGGCGGGCGGUGCUGCGGAAGGGUAAGGUGAGGCUCGGAGAGAACCUUCCUUCCUCUCUCAAGUGUUUGCGCAGCCGACCCCCUCCUCCUCGGGUUCAAGGUCACCGUUUUCUCCGCGCGCGCAGGGUUCCGGGGCUUCAGUAGUGCACAAGAGUUGCCGGGUUGUGCCUGUACUCGGGAGAAGUGCUGGGUGUUCUGCAAGUGCUGGAGUCUCUUAAGGACACGCGCACCGCGGCCACCGCGGGUGUGGGGAGGCGGGGACAUGCUGGGCGCCGGUGCCUUCCGCGGCGACCGCGCCCUGGGCUUUCAUAGAAACGGCCCAGUCUUACCUCGGGUCCCAGCACUCCCCCGCCCCCUCGGCUCUGCUGUCCUACUCCAGGCGGGUGGCGCUGGCGCUCCUGGGGGCCCGGGCUGGGGGUUGGGGAGACGCCACGUGACGGGCACUCCGGGGACACAGCCUCGCACAGCAGCUUAUAAUGGACUCUCCGGGGCCAUUUGCAAUAACAGCUGCAAUUCCCUGGAUAGACGGAGUUGAUUUCCUCCCUCUGCCCCUCCCCCAGCCAUGCCAGCUCGCCUUUGUAAGUGAAGGAAACCGAGUAGAAAAUGUGACCCUCCAAACGGAGAAGCUGCAGGCUUUGCCAUUGUGAAGCGUGGUGAAGUGUUUUUUAACAUACCGUUCGCUUACUCUGAGGGAUCGAAAACCGUGUCGUUGGUGUUUUAGUUUUAAACAAUUCAAUGGCUUGUUCAUCGUCCAGAUGUGGCUGUUGAGGUAUCUACACUUCGCACCGGAGUGUCAGGAAUUGUGGCUGUCCUGAUUAUAGGAUUUUAACUUAACUGAAAUAACUUGUUUUUAAUAAAUGCAUUGAGGUUUUUGUUAGG